AUGGCAGCCGUCUCCCGCGCCAGCCGGAUCCGCAACCCGGCCGUAUUCAUCUGCGACAUCCAAGAAAAGUUCCGCGCCAUCUACGAAUACCCCAGACUCAUCCAAACCACCGCCAAAAUCCUCAAAGCCGCCACAACCCUCCACCUCCCCGUGUUCAUCAGCACGCAGAACCGGUCCCGGCUCGGCGACACGGUCUCGGAGCUGCAACCGCACCUCUCCGGCCCGGACAUCAACAUCCGCGCCAACAUCGACAAGACGCUCUUCUCGAUGGUCACGCCGGAGAUCGAUGCGCUGCUGCCCCGCCCCGCGGACGGCGAGCCGCCGCUCGACGCGAUCAUCGUCGGCAUCGAGACGCAUAUCUGCGUGACGCAGACGGCGCUGGAUCUGCUGGACCGCGGCCACAGGGUGUAUGUGCUGGUGGACGGGGUGAGUAGCAUGAACAAGGAGGAGAGGGGCAUUGCGCUGGCGCGGCUGCGGGAUGCCGGCGCGACGGUCACGAGUAGUGAGGGGGUGUUGUUUGAGAUCUUGGGGGAUGCGAAGAGGGCGGAGUUUAAGGCUGUGAGUGGGUUGGUGAGGGAGACGAAGGAGGAGACGAGGGGGGCGUUGGAGGUGUUUUCGAAGAUUUGA